AUGUCAACAGCUGAAACUCUUAUACCUUACCACCCAGCUGUAAAUCCUGUUGAGUAUGAAAACCUGGCCAUUAUACUUCUUGUAAUUGGGUUUUGUAUGAUGAGUUACUUCUUCAUAUAUCAAAUAACAUACAAUAAGAGAAACAGAUCCUUGUCAAAAGAGGUUAUAAUUGGCGUUUUCUCAAGUAUAUUCUUAGCUUUAGGCACAUUUUUCCUUUUCCUCGCUUUAGGAUUUUAUCUUUGA